AUUGUGAGCGUGCUGCAUAAGGACUUCUUUAUACAGGCGAUUUGCCGAGAAGAACAAUUUGCCCAAACUCGAGUAUGUCACGUUGCCCCGCGCGGGGGCAAUGAAGGUCAUCAUGGAAGAAGUAGGGCCCCACAGAGAACAACCCAGCACGUCUAAAAGCGAGGAUAAGAAAGACAACAACUUCAACCAGAACAGCAUCAAGACCACCAAGACGAGCGACAGCAUCGAGUGGAUCCUGGACGUCACCAUCGCGUACCCGGAGAGAGUGCCCCUCCAUCUCACUGACGUGGUGUGUGGCAUCCGGGGAGCUUGCACCACACAUAUACACUAUAGAUUGUAUCCUAGUUCGGAGGUACCUUCAGACUCUGAAGGCAUGACCAACUGGCUCUACGAUCGUUUCAUAGAAAAGGACAAAAUGCUAGAAGAGUUCUACCGCACUGGCCAAUUCCCAGCCAAGGGAAGCACGCCUCUAGUCACCAGGCCUGUUAGACAAGACAACGUACGCUAUCUGAUCCUGCAUUUAUUCUUCCUAGCGUCGACCUUCAUACAGUACAAAAUUUGGUGCGCCCUUCUGACGUGCUUAUGGUAAUAGACAAGAAAGAAAUUUCCAGAACGCUUUGGC